CACUCUGCUCGACACAGCCAGUUCUAUUCUGUUCAUGCUUAUUUCUUAAUUCAAUGUCGGGGGGUAAACUCCUGAGGAGCGGAUGAAGAAACACAUUUUGCUUUUAUUCACAUUCACUAGACUAGUGAGUAAAGGGAGAAGGGGUAAAAAGAGAAAAUGGCUAAAUUUAUAUUACGGAAAGCUGAACCCAAAGAUGUUCCAGAUAUCCUGCGACUCAUAAAGGAACUUGCUAAAUUUGAAGAAAUGGAGGAGCAGGUCAGACUGACAGAGAAAGAUUUACUUGACGACGGCUUUGGAGAUCAUCCAUUCUACCACUGCUUAGUUGCAGAAGUCCCAAAAGAGCAGAGCAGAGAUGGGUACACUGUGAUUGCCUUCGCCAUGUACUACUUUACAUAUGACCCUUGGAUUGGGAAGCUCCUGUACUUGGAAGACUUCUUUGUCAUGUCGGAGUUCCGUGGUCUUGGCAUUGGUUCCAAAAUCCUGCAGGUUCUCAGUGAGACGGCAAUGAAGACUCGGUGUAGCAGCAUGCACUUCAUUGUUGCAGAGAACAACACGAAGUCCAUUGAGUUCUACAAGCGAAGAGGAGCUACUGAUCUCUCCUCCGAGGAGGGCUGGCGUCUUUUUGAGAUUGAAAAGGAGGAGCUGUUGAAAAUGAAUGUAAAAUAGAGUUUAGAGUUGAUUUACUUGUACUGACUAUUGGUGAUAGUGAUAAUGCUAUUUUGUAUGGUCAGUCUUUAGGCACAGUCUAAAUAAUCACAUUUCGCAAUCAAAUGUUACUUGUUAUAGUAAAUAGCUUGUCCUUAUUUUAGUUGAUCAAAAAUGUAAACAUCUGCUGAUUAGUGAAAAAUCAUACUAUACUGUUGGCAGAUAUUUGCUUCAUUUGAAUGUUUUGCUGAAGUCUUUAAAUGAAUGAUUCUUCAAUGAUUUGAGAAAGGUAACAAAAUGUUGUGUAUUCAUAAUUAAUCAUCACAUGACCCAUCUGAUUAAUCUGUGACCCUUUGUUGAGUCAUAGCAUAAAGAUUACAUCAUUGAAAAAACUUGCUAGAGUUUGCAUUAUUCUUGUAUUUAGAAGAAGUUGUGGUUUAGACAAAGGGAUUUUAGUUGAAUGCUUCCUGGUCAAAUUGCCUAUCUAGCAAGUUACCUACUAAAGUGAAUUACCAGAGUAAAGGCAGCUUGGUGAACAGGCCUAGUUAAAGAACGAACCAGACCAGCAAGUUUAUAACAUGCAUGAUGUGUGACCAGUUAUGUCUAUCCAAUAAGGUAUACCUUUUUAUAAACAGUCUAUGCUAUAUACCUAUGUCUUGGAACUUUUUAACAACCAUUUCCGAACCUUUUGAUGUGAGCUAGGUUCCUCGCUCUGUUCAGCACUCCAGAUUUGCAUCAGUGCUAUUUAUAUCUUUUUCACCCUUUUGAUGCUGUGGGAAAAGAGAGAGGAUAAAAACUGUCUUUUGCUGAGCUAUUUUUUAUUUUAAGAGGAUUAGAUACAAUGCAAAUGUGUGGAUGCCAACAUGAGAUGCAGCAAUGUAAGAUGGUGUUGUAAGUAAUUCAAUGUAUUCAGAAUAUGUUACUCACUUUAAGUAAUAUAUAGGAUAGUAUAUAAAAUCUGUGAUGACAUACAUUUUUUAAGUAAUCCUCCCAACACUGCGGAGGGAGUGCUACGAUGCAUUUUGAAAUAACUUCUGAGUUAAAGGGUGUCAAAUAAGGAAUUUUGGGUAUUAACUUUUCUGAUCUUUCAUAUAAAAAAAUGUUGUUUAAGUCAGAGGUAGCAGAAUGCACUAAAUAUCACAAGGCACUAAUUACCCAACAUAAUUGUAUAAAAUAUGUUAAAUAAAUACUAAUGCAUUAA